ACAGUAGUUAAUGGCCUGCUGGGUAGCUGGCCUCCUGCCAACCUGUUGUAGCACGUUUUGUGUCAACCGUUAACUAUCUAAAAAUUCAUCGAUCUUAUCGACAGAAUUAAAUCAAAAAUCAAAUUUGUGAAUUGAAAUCAUGAAAAGCCGGCAUCAAUUUCGACGUCGUUUCAGUCUUCAACCGUCUUUUCUAAAAGAAGAACCCGACGAAAAAGAUAAAAAUGUACCAAGAACACAACGUAGUGAGGAUGUUGAUACAGUUGAAAAAAAUGAUAUUAGUCACGUUAGACAUAAAAUUGUUGUAAUGGGAGCGGCAAAAGUAGGAAAAUCAUCGGUUAUCAGUCAAUUCUUGUACGGCACUUUUUCAACAAAAUACAAACGUACCGUCGAAGAAAUGCAUCAUGGUAAUUUCAAUGUAACCGGUGUCAACUUGACCCUUGACAUAUUGGAUACAAGUGGCGCAUACGAAUUUCCGGCUAUGAGGGCUCUUUCAAUUUCUUCAGCAGACGCUUUCAUACUGGUUUACGACGUGACCAACGCCGAUAGUUUUGAAGAGGCACGUGCGUUACGUGAUCAAAUACACGAAACCAAAGGCGGAACUGCAGUUCCAAUAGUUAUCGUCGGAAACAAAAUCGAUUUAACGGAAAAUAGACAAGUGGAUACUGCAACAACGGAAUCUGUUGUAACAGUUGAUUGGGAAAACGGAUUUGUUGAAACUUCCGCAAAAGAAAAUGUUAAUGUAACAAAAGUGUUCAAGGAGUUACUCGUUCAAGCGAAAGUUAAGUAUAACUUGAGUCCGGCAUUAAGAAGAAGGAGGCGACAAUCGUUGCCGUCUCAAAAUGAUCCUCACGGUGUCGUUGGAGGAGCUACUUCUCAUUCAGCGGUUGUUCCUUCCGCAGCGCAAUUACAUCAUUUGCAACAGAUUCGAGAUAGACACGGUAAAAGAAAUUCUUGUAUUUUAUCGUAAAAAUAUAAAUUCAAAAACAUUGACUAACUAUCUAUUUCUUCUUACUAGUUACGUAAAAAAGUAUUUGUUUAUGUUUUUUGUUUAUUAUUUAAGAUUGGUAUGAGAUAAGCUCCGAGAUAAUAAUUGUCAUAUGCAAAUCAAAUGAUUUAUUUAAAAAUAUUCCAUUUUAUAACAUAAAAGGUAUCAUUAAAAUGGUAAAACGGUUAAGAGACAAUAAAAUCUCACCAUUUUUACGGUUCAUAUUUCAUACUAAACUUUAUAUACUUAAACAUAUCUUUAAUGUUAAUUUUAGUUUUGCUUUUGCAAUAACAAUUACUUUUUAUA